UUUUGGUUUUAUGUCGAAUCUAGAACUCCCUUAUCACCCCUGUCCAUCCUACAUCUUUGAUUCGCAUCCCUGGUUACUUUAGAAUCCAACUUGAUCCAUAUCACUUUGCUUAUCUAGUUUUGUAAUAAGUCACUUUUUUGAUGUGUUUGAAUGCUAAACUUUACUUCGUUCGUUCAAGGUGUUAACUCGAUAUCUACAGUUUAAAAAUAGAGGUAUCACCCUUGUGUAAAACUUUCUCUAGCCUUAUCGAUCAUCUUUGUUGUACCUGUUCCUUUAUCAUUUUGAUUGGAUUAAAUACUUUGGCAUCAUCAAACCGAUCAGAGAAUGGGUUUAUUAGCACUCGGUACCCCAUUCGAUUGGCCAGAAUGUAGUUUGUACGCUAAUCAUGUUCGUCGGAAUGGGAUUGCUCAACUCAUCAAACUUUGGGAUAAAACUCAUUGUCAAGUCGGGCAUCAGUUACUUUGGGGUGAUGAGAUUGAAUAUUUCUUGAUUUCACUUGAUCAGUCAUCAAAUCACGUGAACUUAUCAUUAUCUCAACUUGAAGUACUACAACAACUUCGUUCGAUCAACACAUUGCAAUUACCUAGUUCAAUCGACGUCUUGCCAACAUUCCAUCAAGAGUAUGGAAGGUUCAUGCUAGAAUCAACCCCAGGCAAACCUUAUGGUCCAUCACUGGAAGAUUGUCUGAAGGUUGAAUACGACAUGCGAUUCCGGCGCAAGCUAGCUCAGAGUAGACUCUUGCCUCAUCAACAUUUAAUCACCCUUACAUCUUUUCCCACACUUGGUGCACCUGGCACUUUCACUGAACCUUAUCACGCACCCUGUGGUCCAGUCGCGCAGAGCUUAUUUCUCCCUGAUCAAGUCAUCAAUGAACACGUUCGAUUUCCCACUUUGACUGCCAACAUUCGUCAACGUCGUGGCUCGAAAGUGGCAAUUUAUCUUCCAAUUUACCAUGAUACGCACACUCCGCCUGAUACGGUGCACCUGAACGGACAUCGUCCGGAUAUCUUAAUCCCCGAUGAUAUACCUGAUGAUCAUAUCUACCUUGACGCAAUGGGUUUCGGAAUGGGCUGUUGCUGCCUUCAACUCACCUUUCAAGCGCAAUCCGUUUCGCAGGCUCGUACCUUAUAUGAUGCUCUUGUACCUAUCGCUCCAAUUAUGUUGGCUCUCUCAGCUGCGUCCCCGAUCUAUAAGGGCUUUCUCACCGACGUUGACUGUCGUUGGAGUGUCAUUUCAGGCGCGGUGGAUGAUCGGAAUCAGGCUGAGCGGUUUUUGCCUUCUGCCUACUGUGGAAUGGAGCUCCCAAAAUCACGUUAUGAUAGCGUUAGUGUGUAUAUUGCGGAUGAUCCAAUUCAUCGAUCAGAGUAUGAUGACAUACCAGCACCUCUCGACGCCGAGUUUGAGGCUGAAUUGCUUUCAAACGGACUCGAUCGACUCAUUGCUCGGCACUUUGCUCAUCUUUUCAUUCGGGAUCCACUUGUGGUGUUCUCAGAAACAUUGAAAGACGUCUCGCCUGAUUCGACGGAUCAUUUUGAGAAUAUCCAAUCUACAAAUUGGCAAUCACUCAGAUUCAAACCACCUCCGUCUAUGGAUUCUGAAAUUGGGUGGAGAGUCGAAUUCAGAACAAUGGAAGUACAAAUUACCGAUUUUGAGAACGCGGCUUAUUCGACCUUCAUCACUUUACUUGUUAGGGCAAUUUUAGCUUUUGGAUUAAAUUUCUAUAUUCCACUUUCUAAGGUGGAUGAAAAUAUGAAACGAGCACAACGCCGAGAUGCAUGUAAAACCGAACGGUUUUAUUUUCGUAAAGAGGUUUUUCCCAACUCAAACAACACCAAAACAAGUGUACAAGAAGAGUAUGAAGAAAUGACCAUCAAUGAGAUCAUCAAUGGGAAAGGAAACUAUCUAGGAUUGUUAGGGAUUGUUAGAAAGUAUAUUGCAACUCAACCAGGAAUAAAGGAUAAAUUAGAAAGGUAUCUUGAAUUAAUCGAAGGUCGAGCUAGGGGCCGAUUGAUGACUACAGCGAGUUAUUUAAGGAAAGUGGUGAAGGAAGACCCGAACUAUCAGCAUGACAGUGUGGUAGGAGAUCAAGUUACUCAUGGAAUUGUGAUGAGAGCUAAAGGAAUUGAAGAAGGUAGUAUAGUAGCUGAAGAGCUCUUGGGGGCUGGAUAUGUUCGUGUUGAUGUUUAAAGAAGGGUUUUGGAAAGCAUUUUCUCUCUCUAUGGUUUUGCACUUCAAAGGUAUAGUUUAUCGGGGCAUUGGGUUAUGUUAGAGUUGGAUGCAGGAAUUAAUGGAAUAUAUGAUGAUAUGUAGCUUUUCUUAGGUUUUUGUCUCAUUUUCUGAUUUUGUGGGUUUUGCUUUGUCGGGUUUGCGUAUUUGAAGAUUAUAAAUCAUAGAUCACAUAGUUUCU